AAGCCAGUCCGGCUUCGGCAUUCCGAUCGUUCAUAUCUUCCAGCUACACUCCUCGUGCCGUACAAACAUCAACAAUAUUUGACAUCAUCAAUAUCCAACGGGACUCAUAAGUCAUCACCACCUCACACCAUACGCCAGGAUAGAAGAUGUCGUCUUACACGGAUUACGAGGAGUGUUUCGCUUUUGAUAGGGAUGAUCCUGACUUCGACAAUAACAACGUGUGCAACAUCAACAUCAAUAUAUCUACGCCUCUUAAUAACGGAAUAAUGUCAGUGGCGAGUGUGCAUCCUGUGAGCGGGUUGACCAACAGGAGUCAGUCCUACACUUCAGUGAGUUCCUUGGACGAUGUGACCUCUUACUGUCCGUCCGAACACGUCCUUUCCAUCGAGGAAUUGAGACUCCAGCUGAAUUCCUGCUUUACAUGUGGAGUCUCGUGGACGGAAGAUCACGUUUCCCUGGAUUGCUCCGAAUGCGGCGGCUACAGCUUGGAAAGGCCUUGUCCUCUCUGCGACGGACACUGUUCUGCAGUUUGGAAGAGGGACCUCACCAUGUCCCACGCCUGCGGUAAAGCCCGUUGGGAGGGUUGCUGCACCCUCCUCAAGCCCCAGGACGACGAGACACGGUUAUGCAACAGACUAGAGAAGCUGACUGCAAGUUCUUGAUCAUCUUCCUUGUAAAUAAAUACAGCUAACAUCUGCAUGGCAACGAUUCGAUCGCCUUCCCUAUAAACUUUCAACGUCUUCAGUAAAAGUCUGCCAUGUCUUUCGAAUGCUUUACUUUUGAUCGGUUGAUUACAAAAAAAACCGCAUUAUUUCCUUUUAAUUUAAAAAAAAACUUAAAAACAUUCAAUUCAUAAAAUCCAAAUACUCUUUGGGUCUGGGAAGAAAAACAUGCAAUUAUUUGUACCUCAAUAUUGUGUAUAAUUGACUCUGUAUUUUUUCCCCUGUGCUUUUUCUCCACAUAGAUUUAUGCUAGUUACUUAAAACAAAGACUUUUAGCCCAAAUUGUACAAUUUAAUUUAAUACGUUAAAGGAAACACUCUCAUCUGUGUAUGCAGUGAAGACUAUGUCUCAACCAUUGAGUCGUAUUUAUUUAUAAGUAUUAGAACAGACCGAUAGGACAUCCAAAUUGUUAUAUUUAUUUUUAAGCCUCUUUAGUAUCUUAUGUGAAAAAUGGAUAUGGUACACAGAGAUGGCUAUGUACAUACGAUUCGAGAGGCAGUAAAUACUGGACUCUGUGUCUAGUCGUGUCUAAGACUUAUCUUUCUACUUUAGUUUGUUACCAACAUUAAAGCCGAUGAUUUUUAUACUGCAUUUAGUUUAGAUUUUAGUUAGUGGAAUUUU